CGAUCUCAUUUACAUAUCUUGGUUUCCCUCCCCUCGCAUUCCUAACUUUUCUCCCAAGCUGCAUCGCCCAGAGUCUCGGCGCAGCCACAAGUUUCUCGUUUUUGGGGAACGCUUGCUCGAAAGUAGUUCAGCGUUGGCCCUGCCCUUUUGAAUCGGGGCCGUCGGGAAUCAGGAUAUAUACAUAUACGUCUCUGUAUAAGUACGAUACCUAUAGUCAUGCAUUGGCCUAAGCUUGCGUCUGGGCUUCUGCUAUCCGCCGCCGUCGUGACGGACGCGCGCCGAAGCUUGCAGCACGUGGGCAAGAAGGAUGCGAGACCCAAGUCCACAAUCUCGGAGCACGAUAACUUCGCUACCCAUUUCUUAGCGACGCGACAGUUGCCGCCCCCCAAAUUCGCUAAUGAAAACACCACAAAAUUCGCCGUCAACGGUACCGGCAUCCCUGAUGUCGACUUCGACGUUGGAGAAUCAUAUGCUGGGUAUUUACCCAUCACCGAUAAUCCUGACGACACCGAUGAGCUCUUCUUCUGGUUCUUCCCCUCGUCAGCCCCGACGAACACGACCCAGAAAGAGAUCCUGUUAUGGCUUAACGGUGGUCCCGGCUGUUCCUCUUUCGAGGGUCUCCUCCAGGAAAACGGCCCCUUCAUCUGGCAACCCGGCACCUUAAAGCCGAUCCCCAACCCGUGGGCCUGGAACCGGCUAACAAACGUGGUAUGGGUGGAACAGCCCAUCGGCACGGGUUUCGCGCGCGGCAAGGUGACGGCCCGCGGAGAGGAGGACGUGGCUGCCCAAUUCCUCGGCUUCUGGAAGAACUUCAUCGACACCUUCUCUCUGCAAGGCUACAAGGUGUACAUUUCGGGCGAAUCCUACGCCGGCGCGUACUGCCCGUACAUCGCAUCUGCCAUGUUAGACAAGAACGACACCGCCUACUACGACGUGUCAGGCCUAAUCGUGUACGACCCGGUUCUCGGCGACGACGUCGUCCAGGAGUCGGCCACCACAGUCCCCUUCGUCGACUACCACCACAACCUAUUCACCUUCAACAACUCCUUCAGCGCUCACAUCCACGAACUACACGAUUCUUGCGGUUUCGCCGACUACAACGCCAAAUACCUGACGUACCCCCCCUCAGGCCCGCAGCCCAAGGGAUACACCCAGAGCGUCAGUCGCGAGUGCCAGAACCUGUGGGAACUCGUGCUGGACGAGGCUCUCAGCAUCAACCCCUGUUUCGACGUGUACCAGGUCGCCAUCACAUGUCCCCUGCUGUAUGACGUCCUCGGCUUCCCCGGCACGAUCGGAUACCUCCCCGAAGGCGGCGAAAUCUACUUCGACCGGGCCGACGUGAAGGCGGCGAUCCACGCAGACCCCGCCACGAAAUGGGCCGAGUGCGCCGACGGCGACGUCUUCGUAGGCGGCGACCGAUCAGACCCGUCUUCGUGGAAAGUCCUCCCGCACGUCAUCGACGCCACGAAGAACGUCAUCAUCGGACACGGAUCCCUCGACAUGAUCUUAUUGCCAAACGGCACUCUGCUCACGAUCCAAAACACAACAUGGGGCGGACAGCUUGGCUUCCAAUCCCCUCCCGUCGAGCCCUUCUUCGUGCCCUUCCACACCCUCAGCACGGCCGACCAGAUCGAGCGGGAAACCGACCAGACAAAGCUAGGCAGCAUCGCCGCGGCAGGCGUGCUAGGAACAGCACACACGGAACGCGGACUCACCUACGUCAGCGUCGACUUGUCCGGCCACAUGAUCCCGCAGUAUGCGCCCAGCGCCGCAUUCCGCCAUCUCGAGUUCCUGCUCGGCCGCGUCGACAGCCUGAGCUCCGUCCAGCCGUUUACCAUCGAGCCUAACUACCCACAGCCCCCCGAAGACGCGCUAGGAAACGGGACGGGACCCGGGACAUUCAGCAACGGCGCGGCAGGGCAGGGCACGAGUGGCGUAGCGGCAAGUACUGAGACAAAGGGCUCUGAUGCGGGGAGGAUCGGAAUGGGCUUCAGUACGGUGCUGGUGGCCGCCGGUGCCGUGGCUAUGGUUGCGAUGACCAAUUUGUGAUCUGUUAAGUUAUAAACUAUUUCGCUAGAUAAUGAAGAUUUGCCAAGAUUAAAAAAUGGUUCUUGUUUACAAAAAGAUUUGUUCAUGAAAUUUCAAGUCAUCAAUCAAUAUGGCAUAAGAAGCCCCAAACUGAGAAAUUCGUGAAUUUUUAGUACAUGAGGGGAGUAGAACAACGAACUACACCAUGUCCUACCCAACGAGCGGAUAGUAUCGUAAGGAUAAGCACUUCAUACCUCCCAA